CUCCGAGCUUCAUCAUGCCGCCCAAGGAUGAUAAGAAGAAGAAAGAUGCCGGAAAGUCGGCCAAAAAAGACAAAGACCCAGUAAAUAAGUCCGGUGGCAAGGCCAAAAAGAAGAAGUGGUCCAAAGGCAAAGUUCGGGACAAGCUCAACAAUCUAGUCCUGUUUGACAAGGCUACAUACGACAAACUCUGUAAGGAAGUUCCCAACUAUAAACUUAUUACUCCAGCCGUGGUCUCUGAGAGACUGAAGAUUCGUGGUUCCUUGGCCAGGGCAGCCCUUCAGGAGCUCCUUAGUAAAGGGCUUAUCAAGCUGGUUUCAAAGCACAGAGCCCAAGUAAUUUACACCAGAAACACAAAGGGUGGAGAUGCCCCAGCUGCUGGUGAAGAUGCAUGAACAGGUUCAAUCAGCUGU